ACACAUAUAUAUAAGGCAUAUUAAUGUAAUUAUAAGAGUCAGAUAGUCUCUAGAGGAAAGAUUUUUAAAAAUGUUGAUCCAAAAGGUUCAAGCAACCUUGAUUCUUCUUGCCAUACGGACAUUUGUAGAAGCAUUCGUUUGUGACGAAAACGUUGACUACUGCUCCACAUCACUGACAAUAGAUUAUGCUUUCACUAUGAUUGAUCCAGAGAAAGGGCAGGUCUUUGCCAAAGAUCGCAAGCUUUAUGCGUAUUCCGAUCCCGACGUAGAAAUUGAAGUUGAAAACGUCAUUACCGCUGACGGAUGGAAUUCCACAUUCCCGUUGUUGACAGCCAAUCAGUCCAUGCCUGGACCUCCAAUUUUUUUGUACCAGAAUCAGACCAUAACCAUCAUUGUCCAGAAUAAUUUGCUAAACGAAGCCGUCACCAUCCACUGGCAUGGAAUAGAUCAGCUGGGGUCGCCAGCAAUGGACGGAGUGGGGUUUGUUACCCAAUGUCCGAUUUUACCAGGCCAAUUCUUCAACUAUACGUUCAAACCUCGUUUCUCUGGCUCUUAUUGGUAUCAUUCCCACGUAGGCAACCAACGAGAUAUGGGUCUGUAUGGGGCGUUCGUGGUAUUAAAACAGGACGAAGAAGUUCCACGCGAAAACCAGCAUAUUAUCCAAUUACAGGAAUGGAACCACAUGUAUGAUCCAAAUACGUUACGUUCGGCAAAUAUAAAGAAUACUGGUUCCUCCAAAUCUAUUCUUAUAAAUGGCAAAGGCGAGUUCGAAAACAACGAAGCGCCACUGGAAGUCUUUACAGUAGAUAAAAAGGACAACCACUUAUUUCGGAUGAUUGGGGUUGGAUCUGCAGAUACGUUUCUGUUCUCGAUUCCCGGAAUACCUCUUAUUGUUAAAGAAACGGACGGAUAUCCAGUCGUUCCUCAAAAAGUUGACAAAAUCCUCAUUUAUCCUGCAGAGCGAUACGACUUUGAACUUGACUUGGAAAAUAUAUUGGUAGGAAUGUACAACAUAACUGUUCAGAUCUUUAAAGAAAGAAAAUUUGAGACACAAGAAAAUUUAGUUGGAUUGGGUUUAAUUAAGAUAACAAAUUCGUUAUCAAUUCCAGCUGCAUUAACGUCAAUAAAAAAGAAAAUAAAUAGUAGUAUUCUUAAUUGUCCAUUUGGGAAUUUUCCAGAUGACGAGAACGUGACGUGUAUACCAGUUUCUUUUUUACUGUCACAAAAUGAUAAGCGUUUCAAUUUUGACGUACUGCGUCGUACCCCGGAAUCUUUUACAUUCUUUUUAAACUUUGGCUUUUCUAAAAGUGAGGGAUAUAGCUCCAUAAAUGGUCGGAGGUUUAUUUUGCCAACUGUAUCGGCUCUUUCGCAACCUUCAGAACUAGACACUUCCUGUGCAAACUGUACUGCCGAAACUUCAUGCGAAUGCACUCAUGCACUCGAUUUAAAAUCAGGUUCAGAAAACAUUAUGGUCCUGUCGAACGUUGGAAACGGUGCAACCAUUUCACAUCCAAUACACAUGCAUGGUCAUACGUUUGAGGUACUUAAGAUGGGUUUUCCAGCAGUCCUAACAAAUGGUUCACUUAUUCCAAACAACGACAUACAAUGUAGCCCAACACUUCCAAAUGACAAAAGCCAAUGUAAUAACGCAUCUUGGAGAAACGCAACCUGGGACGAUUAUCGAACUAUUCCCGACAUAAACCUUCUAAAUCCAGUACGAAAAGACACCAUUGUCGUUCCAUAUCAUGGCUAUGCAAUAAUAAGGAUCAGGGCAACAAACCCUGGAGUUUGGUUUUUGCAUUGCCAUAUCGAUCGACAUUUGAUAAAUGGUAUGGCUCUGAUGCUCAGAGAGGCAGUUGAAUAUAUCAAUAUAUUUGGCGAUUUGCCAGAGGGGCUAUCGACAUGCCGUAACUUUGAGUUUCGUACAUCGUCAAAACAGAUAUCUAAUGACGAGCAAAGCGGUGUCAAAAAUUAUCCGGGGUCCAAUCUGAUUACUGGCUUGAUUGUGACGUCAGUGUUUAUACUACUGGCUCUCAUCAUAAUCAUCAUAUGUCUUCUUCUCAAAAAUUUCGGUACCAAACAUGGUAUUUUAAGGCUUCGAGAAGAGAGAGAGGAUCACCAAAUGAAGUCUAUGUAGCGAAAGCGUUAUUUUUAUCCGGAUUUAUAUGCCAGAGUUUGGAAAGUUUUUUGCAAUUAGGUGUAUAGGAUGCAGGACGUUUCAACUUCAAAUGAACCAAUAGAGUUGCAUGAAAACUAGUUACGAAUAAUUUAUUCAGCUGGUGCGAUAUCAAAUGCAUUAUUCUAAGGUAUCCUAAACUACGAUAUACACGUUACCAACAUGACUAAUCUAAAACAAAAACUAGCAUUUUUAUGGGUGUUUUUUAAGUAAUCAGAUAAGGAUGAAAAAUGAUUCCCUAAACAAACAGAAUGUAAAUUGAUAAUUUUCGUAAACAUUGACUUCAACACUUCUGCUGCGAAAAAAUUGCAACCAUCGUACAGUGCAUUGAUUAAUUCUUUAUGCAUGCAUAUCUUCACCUAAUAUGAAAUUUUCAAUGACUCAGAGAUUGUAAUAAACAUGCUGUAAUGUAUUUUCAAUCAUACCAUAAAUAUCACACACACACACACACACACACA